AUGGGUUCCUGUGGUGUUGACUUGAGGGCUGAAACCGCGUGGGCUGAGAUUCACCACCUGCCCCCACAGAUAUCUCUCAUCUCAGAGCCCUUUGAGCCAGUUAUGAGCCCUGAGUCCCUGCAGAGGGAAAAUCUCAGCAGCCCCACCUCAUUUAUUCUCUUGGGGUUUUCCAGUGCCUACAAAGCACAGGUGUCCCUGUGCGUGGGCUUCUCGCUUAUUUACCUGGUGACUCUGCUGGGCAACCUGCUCGUAAUGACCCUGGUCUGGCUGGAUGCUCACCUGCACUCCCCCAUGUACUACUUCCUGGGCCACCUCUCCUUCCUGGACAUCUGCUACUCCUCUGUCACGCUCCCUAAAAUCCUCAGAGACUCCUUCUCACCACAGAAGACCAUUUCCUUGGUGGGCUGCAUCACACAGAUCUACUUCUUCCUUUGCUUUGGGGGCUCUGAGUGUGUGCUCCUGGCUGCCAUGGCCUACGAUCGGUACCUGGCCAUCUGCCACCCCCUCCACUACACAGCACUUAUGAGCAAGAAGAUUUGCCACUGCCUAGUGGCUGUCUCAUGGUUGAGUGGCUCCCUCUCAUCUCUGAUCCAGGCCCUCCUCACAGCCCACUUACAAUUCUGUGGGUUCAAUGCGAUCAACCAUUUGUUCUGUGAGAUUCCCUUCUUGUUGGAUGUGUCCUGCAGCCCUAACACUCUUCUCAACAAGGCUGUCUCAUAUGCUUUGGCUGCAACUAUUGCCGUGGGCUCUUUCCUCCUUACUCUUGCAUCAUAUGUUCACAUCCUCCAGGCUGUGCUGCAGAAGGGAGCAGAGAGGCAGAAGGCCUUUGCCACCUGCACCUCCCACCUGACCGUGGUGUCCCUGUUCUUUGGCACUGGAGCUAUUACGUACCUGGUGCCUCAAUCCAGCAGCUCCAAGGAGAUGGACAAGAUCCUUGCCCUGCUGUAUGCCAUUGUAACCCCCAUGCUGAACCCCAUCAUCUACAGCUUGAGAAACAAUGAGUUCCAAGGGGCCAUCAGAAAAGCCCUGUUGACAGGCAGAAGGGUGACUUCUGGGGAUGUCAGUAGACCAGGAGGGGAUCCAUAA